AUGGUGCUACAGGCUCUAGGGCCCAAAGCCUGGCCCAGGCUCUCUCAGUUCAAACCUCGAGUCCUUCUCCGGAUCCCAGGAGGUGAAACUCUGUAUGUAAAGUCCCGACACUGGUCAGGGCAGGGCCAGCCCAGAGGCCCUGGGCUAAGAACCAGGCUGCUGAUCACUGCUGUGUUUGGAGCUGGGCUGGGCUGGGCCUGGCUGGCAGCAAGAGCUGAGAAGGAACAGAGGCGCCAACAGCAACGGACAGAGGCCCUGCGCCAGGCUGCUGUGGGCCAGGGCGACUUCAGCCUAAUGGACCACAAAGGCCAGCCGCGAUGUAAAGCCGACUUUCGAGGCCAGUGGGUACUGAUGUACUUUGGCUUCACUCACUGCCCUGAUAUCUGCCCUGAUGAGCUGGAAAAACUGGUCCAGGUGGUCCAGAAGCUGGAGGCAGAGCCUGACCUGCCCCUGGUGCAGCCUGUCUUCAUCACUGUGGACCCAGAACGGGAUGAUGUGGCAGCCAUGGCCCGGUAUGUGAAGGACUUCCACCCAAGACUGCUGGGUCUGACUGGUUCGAAAGAACAAGUGGCCCAAGCUAGUCGCAACUACCGUGUAUACUACAGUGCUGGUCCCAAGGAUGAGGACCAGGACUAUAUUGUGGACCAUUCCAUUGCUAUCUACUUGCUCAACCCAGACGGUCUUUUCACGGACUACUAUGGUCGAAGCCGGUCAGCAGAGCAGAUUGUAGACAGUGUACGUCGGCACAUAGCUGCCUUCCAAAGCAUCCUGCCCUGAACAUCCUACCUAGGUCCUGUCGGUAAAUAAAUGAAUGUA